GCGCCGGUCCCCGCGCCCCGUCCCCGGCCAUCCCGGCGCCCCAGGCCCGCGGGAGGAUGCGGCGGCGCUCGCGCGUGCUGCUGUGCUUUGCACUGCUUUGGGUGCUGGGCAUCGCCUACUACAUGUACUCGGGGGGCGGCUCCGCGCUGGCCGCGGGCGGCGGCAGGAAGGAGGACUGGAAUGAAAUUGACCCUAUUAAAAAGAAAGACCUUCACCACAACAAUGGAGAUGAGAAAGCACAGAGCAUGGAGACCCUCCCUCCAGGGAAGGUACGGUGGCCAGACUUUAACCAGGAAGCCUAUGUUGGGGGGACGAUGGUUCGCUCUGGGCAGGACCCCUAUGCCCGCAACAAGUUCAACCAAGUGGAGAGUGAUAAGCUGCGCAUGGACAGAGCCAUUCCUGAUACCCGACAUGACCAGUGUCAGAGGAAGCAGUGGAGGGUGGAUUUGCCGGCUACCAGCGUGGUAAUCACAUUCCACAACGAAGCCAGGUCGGCCUUGCUGAGGACAGUGGUCAGUGUGCUGAAGAGAAGUCCACCCCAUCUCAUAAAGGAGAUCAUCUUGGUGGAUGACUACAGCAAUGACCCUGAGGAUGGGGCCCUCUUGGGGAAAAUUGAGAAGGUUCGGGUCCUGAGGAAUGACCGCCGAGAAGGCCUGAUGCGCUCCCGGGUCCGGGGUGCCGAUGCCGCCCAGGCCAAGGUCCUGACCUUCUUGGACAGCCACUGUGAGUGUAAUGAGCACUGGCUGGAGCCGCUGCUGGAGCGGGUUGCUGAGGACAGGACUCGGGUAGUGUCGCCCAUCAUCGAUGUCAUCAACAUGGACAACUUUCAGUAUGUGGGGGCCUCGGCUGACCUGAAGGGCGGGUUUGACUGGAACCUGGUAUUCAAAUGGGAUUACAUGACCCCAGAGCAGAGGCGGUCACGGCAAGGGAAUCCGGUGGCCCCCAUUAAAACCCCCAUGAUUGCUGGUGGGCUCUUCGUGAUGGACAAGCUGUACUUUGAAGAGCUGGGGAAGUACGACAUGAUGAUGGAUGUGUGGGGAGGAGAGAACCUAGAGAUCUCUUUCCGCGUGUGGCAGUGCGGUGGCAGUCUGGAGAUCAUCCCGUGUAGCCGUGUGGGACAUGUGUUCCGGAAGCAGCACCCCUACACCUUCCCAGGUGGCAGCGGCACUGUCUUUGCCCGCAAUACUCGCCGGGCAGCAGAGGUCUGGAUGGAUGAAUAUAAGAACUUCUAUUAUGCAGCAGUGCCUUCCGCCAGAAAUGUUCCAUAUGGGAACAUUCAGAGCAGAUUGGAGCUCAGGAAGCGGCUUGGCUGCCGGCCCUUCCAGUGGUACCUGGAGAACGUCUACCCAGAGUUGCGGGUUCCUGACCACCAAGACAUUGCUUUUGGGGCCUUGCAGCAAGGGACCAACUGCCUUGAUACACUGGGACACUUUGCUGAUGGUGUUGUUGGGAUUUACGAGUGUCACAAUGCUGGAGGAAACCAGGAGUGGGCCUUGACGAAGGAGAAGUCAGUGAAGCACAUGGACUUGUGCCUUACGGUGGUGGACCGGGCGCCUGGCGCCCUCGUCAAGCUGCAGGGCUGCCGGGAGAACGACAGCAGACAGAAAUGGGAGCAGAUCGAGAGCAACUCCAAGCUGCGGCACGUCGGUAGCAACCUGUGCCUGGACAGCCGGACGGCCAAGAGCGGGGGCCUGAGUGUGGAGGUAUGCGGCCCGGCACUCUCGCAGCAGUGGAAGUUCUCGCUCAACCUGCAGCAGUAGCAGCCUGGAGCCCACACCUGCUGCCGAACCACUGGCCAAGCUGGUGAUCGCUUUAUCGAUUAUGUUUCUUAAACUUUCCGCGAAACUAUAUACCUCAGUAUUCCAUCAUGGUCUGAAAGCCGGAGAGCUCCAGCAAGGCGCAGCUGUGCUGACAGACACAGUGGCGGCCGGAAAGACUCAGCCGUUCUGCUCGGGCCCAGCUGGCCCCUCUGUGGCCGCCCUCCUCCUCUCGCUCAGUAGCCAGGAGCCACCCGGCUGAGGCAUGCGGCUAAGAAGCAGCUGUGUGGGCAUGGUGGCAGAGGGAGGAGGGUGCAAGAACUCUCAGCACCACCAUCCGAUCCCAUCAGCGCCCCACGUGGGUCCCACAACACGGCUCACAUCAUUGCAGGUUCCGUCGCCCCCUCUCCCACUGAUGUGCUUGGUGUAUUUGAACGUGACUUUUCUAUGGUGGGACACUAAAUAUAAAUAUAUACAAAAGAGAAUGUAUGGUCAGUCCCCAGUCAGUAUGUCGCUUCUCCCCUCGGCACAGAGUGUGCUGGGGGAGGGGCCGCCUCUCCUUUGUACCCUGGAGCCUCAUACCCACGAGGCACUACUGUGGCCACCAGAGGCCUCCCAGACCCUGGCCCCACCCACGGGCACCUCUGUGUGGCCUCCACAUGGGAGUCGUGCUGUGUUGGAAAAUCCACUUGUGUCUCUUGGUGUCCAUAAACCCAGAUAGGUUCCUUAUUUUGGCAAAUAUUGCUUUGUGGUUUUUUUUUUUUUUUUUUUUUUUAAAUUAAUGUUUUUUUCUUUAGGGAAAAAAAACUCCAAUCCCGCAGCUCCUAAUGUGAGCUGGGAGUAUCUCCACUGCCCUCCGACAGGGCAGGUCAGUGACCCUAGACAGCUGUCACGUGCUCAUGUCACGCUCGUGGGAAUCUGAGACCAUGUGCAGCAGGCCGUCAGAACUGACACCUGCAGGCCGGGUGCUGGCCGUGCACCCUGACCUGCACAUCUGGCUGGUGCCCUGUUACCCAGUACCUGUACACGAGGCCGCCUGGGGACAUGGGUAGAGUUGGGAGGAGUCAACUGUACAGGACCAUGACCUUGUGAGUUGGCCACACACCGUGAGUGAGCUUCAGGUGGAGUGGAAUUGGCUGCGGUAGUAGAAAGAGAUACCCAGGCACCUCCUGUACAGGAAUGUCUCUGCAGGGCCCCUGUCAUGACACGGCCCCGGGCCAUCAUGCCGUGGUCUCCGCCCUGCCACCUGCCCACCCAUGAAGAUGUCCAGUCUCAGAGGCUGGUUGGGCUCAAGGUGCCUGUGAGCUGUGGAGGUCCUGGAGGUACAGGCAGCUGGGAGUCGCUGAUGCACACUCUUCCUGCUGGUGUCCCUCCACGGCCACCCCACGUGGGAACAGCUGAUUGUGGGCCCGCCCUGUGUCUCAUUUGCUGCCCCUGCCAGGCAACAAGAUGCAGCUUAGAGACAGGGACUAUCAGCUGUCUUCCAGGCUGGGCCCCCGGGGAGAUCUCACGUGGGUGCAGGAGGCUCAUGCCGCAGAGCAGGGUAGGGUGGGGUCUGUGCUGCUCACCCUGGCACUUGGGCCCUGGUCACACCCAGUCACCUUUGAGCUGCUUUGUCAGACACACACCCAUGGGAGGCAGACGGGGCUGGUUUCUGGUGGUGCUUGUUGAGCUGUCACCUGUGCCCCUGCUGUGUUGUCUGGCCACUUGGGGGCACCACGUGGGUGGCCCCAGCCGAGGCCUCUGGGCCAGUCCCCAAGAUGAUCCCCGUUUACAGGACACAGCGUGCCAAAGUGACUUACUGUGCUCAUGUUAUUUUGUAGUCCUUGGGACUGUCCCACCCACCCACUCCUGUUUUUAAAAACAAACUUUCCAAGACCUGUCCGAGCGCAGCACGCAGACAGUCAUCCUCUGUGGUCCUUGUGUCUCCUUCAAAGCUGAGAUGAUGGUAUCUGUGGGUGUGUUUUGCAAAUUUAAAAUAUAGUUUGGUAAUUUUUUUCCAGUUGAUUUUUAAAAAGAACUGCUGUACAGAGCUUGUACUUUGUCCAUUUUAUAGAUGGAAACCAUCCUUGAAAUUGUUUAACUUAAAUAAAGAAAAAGAUGCUUUAUA